AUGUUGAAAUCUUUAGCUGUGAAACCUUCUGUUUGCUCUGCAUUGGUUCGUUACUCGCUACGUCCAUGUAUAGUUGCAGCACAUUCUUCGGCAAGACUCUACUCGUCCAACAGUCAAAAUGGUGGCUUGAACUUCUUCAACAGAUCUAACUUGCCCGCCAAUACGAUUAUCAAGUUUGUGCCUCAACAAGAAGCUUGGAUUGUUGAAAGAAUGGGAAAGUUCCGUAAGGUUCUUCAGCCAGGUUUAUCAAUUUUGAUGCCGUUCUUGGAUAAGAUUCAGUAUGUGCAGUCUUUGAAAGAGGUGGCUCUUGAAGUUCCUUCUCAGAGUACCAUUACUUCUGACAAUGUCACUCUAGAUAUGGAUGGUGUCUUGUAUUACAGAGUGGUUGAUCCUUAUAAGGCUUCUUACGGUGUCGAGGAUGCACAGUAUGCCAUAGUUCAGCUGGCUCAGACUACGAUGCGUUCUGAAAUUGGUCAGAUGUCCUUGGAUCUAUGUCUUCGUGAGAGAACAACUUUAAACUCUCAUAUCACCGUGGCCAUCAAUGAGGCUGCUCAAGACUGGGGUAUUCGGGUAUUGAGAUAUGAGAUCAGAGAUAUUAGACCUCCUGUCAAUGUGGUAAGUUCAAUGAAUCAGGUCGUCGAGAAGGACAGACAGAAACGUGCUGUUAUCUUGGAAUCCGAGGGUAGGAGUCAGAGUGAGAUCAAUAUCUCUCAAGCCCACAAGACCACUGAAGUUUUAAAGUCCGAGGGUGAGAUGAGGAAGAGAAUUAACUGGGCCAAAGGUGCUUCAGAAGCAGUCAAUUUGCAAGCUGUUGCAGAUGCGCAGGCUAUCACAACGAUAGCUAAGGCCAUAUCCGAUACUCCCGGUGGAAAAGAUGCUGUUUCUUUGCAUAUUGCCGAGAAAUAUAUUGAGUCGUUUGGCAAUUUGGCAAAGGAGACUAACACUCUUAUUCUUCCUGCCAACUUGGACAACUUCUCCCAGUUUAUCGCUGCUGGAAUGGGUAUUUACCAGAAUUUGGAUAACAAGCAGUUGGCCAAGACCGUUCUUAGCUCGGGUAAAAAACCUAUUAUCACUGCUACGGCUACCAGACACAUAAGUAAAUAA